AUGGCCUCAGGCCCGAGAGAGACCCCGGGGCGUGGGGCCCGCUCCGGGAGCCACGGCACAGAAGGUCCUGGUGUCAGCAUCUCAGAAGAGAGACAGAGUCCUGCUGAGAGUAGUGCCAUAACCGUCAUCUAUAAUCCUUAUGCUUCACUUUCUAUUGAACAACAAAGACAAAAGCUGCCUGUUUUUAAGCUAAGAAAUCACAUACUUUAUCUAGUGGAGAAUUACCAAACUUUGGUGAUUGUUGGGGAAACAGGUUGUGGGAAAUCAACGCAGAUUCCACAAUACCUAGCAGAAGCUGGCUGGACAGCUGAAGGAAGAGUUGUUGGAGUGACGCAGCCUCGUCGGGUUGCUGCUGUUUCAGUUGCAGGCCGAGUUGCUGAUGAAAGAGGUGCAGUGUUGGGUCAUGAAGUUGGAUAUUGCAUUCGGUUUGAUGAUUGCACGGAUCCACAGGCUACAAGAAUUAAGUUUCUAACUGAUGGUAUGCUGGUGAGGGAGAUGAUGGCUGAUCCUUUAUUAACAAGAUACAGUGUACUCAUGCUGGAUGAAGCCCAUGAAAGGACUCUCUAUACAGAUAUUGCCAUUGGCUUACUAAAAAAGGUUCAAAAGAAGCGUGGAGAUCUUCGACUGAUUGUGGCUUCAGCCACCUUGGAUGCAGAGAAAUUCAGGGAUUUCUUUAAUCAAAACGACACCGGUGACCCCAGCAAAGAUACCAGUGUGAUCCUUACUGUCGAGGGGAGAACGUUUCCUGUGGACAUCUUUUACAUACAGAGUCCUGUUCCAGACUACGUAAAAUCAACUGUGGAAACUGCAAUGAAAAUUCACCAGAUGGAGAAUGAUGGUGAUAUACUGGCAUUUUUAACUGGCCAGGAGGAAGUGGAGACCGUUGUUUCUAUGCUCAUAGAACAGGCUCGGGCCCUUUCGCGCACUGGAAUGAAGAAACAUCUCCGUGUUCUCCCCAUGUAUGCUGGGUUGCCUUCUCCUGACCAGAUGAAAGUGUUUGAGAGAGUUCCUCACAGUGUCAGGAAGGUGAUAGUAGCCACCAACAUCGCUGAGACCUCCAUCACGAUUCACGGCAUUGCAUUUGUAAUCGAUUGUGGUUUUGUGAAGCUUCGGGCCUAUAACCCCAAAACAGCCAUCGAAUGCCUUGUGGUUGUACCGGUGUCCAAAGCUUCGGCCAACCAGCGAGCAGGGCGUGCGGGCCGGAACCGCUCUGGAAAAUGCUACAGACUUUAUACAGAGGAUGACUUUGAGAAGCUGCCCAAGUCCACUGUUCCCGAGAUGCAGCGCAGUAACCUUGCACCCGUCAUCUUGCAGCUGAAGGCUUUGGGGAUUGACAACGUGCUCAGGUUCCCCUUUCUUUCGCCACCUCCUGCACAGUCAAUGGUGCAAGCUUUAGAAUUGCUGUAUGCUUUAGGAGGUUUGGACAUGCACUGCCGUUUAACAGAGCCUCUUGGGAUGAGAAUAGCAGAGUUUCCUUUGAAUCCUAUGUUUGCAAAGAUGCUUCUGGAAUCAGGAAAUUUUGGCUGCUCCCAGGAGAUUUUGACAAUUGCUGCCAUGAUGCAGAUUCAAAACAUCUUUGUGAUCCCUCCAAAUCAAAAAGCUCAGGCUGCCAGGCAACACAGAAAGUUUGCUGUGGAAGAAGGUGAUCAUCUCACUAUGCUUAAUGUUUAUGAAGCCUUUGUCAAACACAGCAAGAGCUCUCAGUGGUGUCAGGAACACUUUCUGAACUACAAAGGGCUUGUUAGAGCCUCUGUUGUAAGAGAGCAGCUGAAAAAGCUUCUUGUCCGCUUCAAAGUGCCAAAGAAGUCCAGUGAAGGUGAUCCAGAUCCCGUUUUGAGAUGCAUAGUUUCUGGAUUCUUUGCUAAUGCAGCUAAAUUCCACUCUACUGGAGCUUACAGGACAAUCCGUGAUGACCAUGAACUUCAUAUCCACCCCACCUCAGUGUUGUAUGCAGAGAAACCUCCACGCUGGGUAGUGUACAAUGAAGUCAUACAGACCGCUAAAUAUUACAUGAGAGAUGUGACUGCCGUCGAAUCUGCGUGGCUCUUGGAACUGGCCCCUCAUUUUUACCAGCAAGGAACGCAUCUUUCCUUGAAAGCAAAGAGAGUUAAAGUGGAGGACCACUGAUUUGACAUAACUUAAGUCUUGUGACAUCAGAUGCAGAACCUACCAGUGAUUUCAAGCUGGCUACAGUCCACCCAACAGUUCGUUCAUUAGCAAUUUGAUCUUACAUCAACUUAAAUGUUUAAAUGCCUGCCAGGAUCUGUAGGGGUUUAUGCAUGACCAGUACAUUGUAAACCUAUGUAGAGCUUGCAUUGUGGACGUUUUAUUCUUUGCCUACUUGACCACUGUUAUUAAUCUGGGCAUGUUGCUCCUUUUAAAUAGGUAG